AUGCAAUAAAUACUAAAUACAAUAGAUAAGGUCGAUAUUUUUGGGGUUCCUGUAAGUCUUUUAACUUCGGCUAAGGCAUCCUUAUAUCAAAGCAAGCUUGGUGGAAUAAUUACUAUUUUGAUUGGAGGGAUUAGUUUCACAUAUUUUUUAUAUGCAAUUAUUUAAUGGAUUGAUCAUCAAAUUCCUGCUAUUGUUAGUAUUAAAUAACAAACUAUUUCAUAUGCUGAAUUUCAGUUGUCAGACUCUAUUAUUUAAUUGGAAUUAUAAGACUUUUCAGGAGAUGUUGAUCCUUUUAGAAAAGAGCAUAAUAUCAUUACUCCUAAUUUAUAUCGAAUUUUGAAUACAUCAAUAGUUGAUAAGCCAAUCCCAUUAUUUAGUAGUGAAGAUAGGCCAUUUACAAUUUCGAUUGAUAAUGGCACUAUUGUUUUAAAUCACGAUUCUGUUGGAAUUGAUGAUCACAUUUAAAUGACCCAAUUGUUGCUUGUUUUAGAAAGCUGUUCUAACUUGACUGCUGUGUCUGGAAGUUAUUGCGCUGAUUAAAAUGUAAUAAAUGAGUAUUUAACGAAAUUUCAUGGGUUUUUAUUUUUAAAAAUUCGAUUAAAUUAACUUAAGUAUUCUAUAGGAGAAUUAGAAGAAAUAGAAAAGCAAUAUUAUACAGCAUUUGAAUUAUCUAGACCUUUAUAUUCAUAAGUUUUGCUUAAAUAAUAAGAAACUGUCGUCGAUGAUGGAAUAUUAUUUAAUAAUUAUAAUUACUACUAUUUCUUAAAUAAUUAUGAGUUAAUUCAUCAACCUGUUGAUAAUUUUUUCACUUCCCAGGUUGUUAGUUAAAUGUCAAAACAGAAGCAUGAAUUCAAGAGUUUUGGUUGUUAUUUAUUUAGAAUUGAUAAUAUUUCAGUUAAUGAAAGCAUAACAUUACCAAAGCUAGGUUAAAUUCUAGCUUAAGUUGGAUCAAUUGUUUAGGUGAUAUUUUUAUUAAAAUAUAUUGCAAUAUAUUACAAUAAAAUGUUAUUGGAAAAUGAAUUAUUGCAUGAAAUUGUAAUCAUGUAUUAUCCAGAAAUGAAAAAAAUUAAGUUGAACUUAUUCAAUCAAUUUGAAUAUUAGAACUAGAAUAACUUAAAAGAUAAUGUGGAUAGAACACUUGAAAACUUCAAAUAUAAAUAUCAAGCAUUUAUUAAAAGAGCAAAGGAAAAAUGUAGACUAAAUAACAUUUUAUAUGAAAUUUCGAGGUUAUAAUUUAUCAUUCAAUAAUAAUUUGGAGAUUAAAUUCUGCAGCAGAGUCAUUAGAUGGGAGGAAAACUUAAGAAUAAUUAUUUAGAUCAUUAAUCUAGUAAAGAAUCAAAUAGGUUAACAGUUAAGCCAGCUAAUUCUAUUGAUAUAGAUAAUGACUAUGCGUUAAUGGAACCUUUAGAAAUGUUAUAAAAAUAACCUUGA